AUGAGCUCCGAGGCGGAAUGCGCAGCUCCGGCCGCCGCCUCCGAUGCGGCGGGCGGCGGCAGGGCGGAGAUCGACACGUCCGCGCCGUUCGAGUCCGUGCGGGAGGCCGUCGACCGCUUCGGCGGCAGCGCCGCCUGGAGCUCCGACCUCGUCAAGCGCAUGUUCGCGCCCUCCAAGAAACAUGAACACUCGGAACAAGCUGCAGAGGCCAUCAACGUAGAGGAGCAGGCUGCACAGCUAGAAAACGAGCUGGCCGUCAAAGAAAGGGAAACUCUUGAUGUGCUCAAGGAACUGGAGGCAACCAAGAAAAUCAUAGCAGACCUGAAACUGAAGAUACAGAAGGAAGCCACUGAAACGUCCCCUGAAGAAGCUGCGAAGUCUGAUGAAGCUGAUCACAUCUCUAAGGCAGGACCUGAAGAGCAGCAACCUGAAAACAUCAACGUCGAUGUGGACAUGGAAGGUGUUGAGGAAAAUCAUUCAGGUUCAGUAUCGGUGGAACUUGAGCAGGCAAAGGCAAGCCUGAACAGAAGUACAGGUGAUCUGGCUGCAGUACGGGCUGCAGUUGAGUUACUGCGAAAUAGCAUAGCAAAAGAAAAAAUGUUGCUUGAAAGAGGCCGAGAAAAGCUCUCCUCUGACACUUCAUUGGUUUCUUCUUUGGAGGAUGAGCUGGACCAGGCAGCACAAAAGAUGGAAACGCUGAAGGAUCUGCAGAGGAGACGCAAAGACCCGUCGGACAUUUUUAUGGAGAUCAAGAAAAUGACCACUGAGGUGCAGCAGCUCAGGAGCAUGGCAAAUGAUUCAAAGUCCGAAGCAAUGGUGUUGGCUGCAGAAAUUGAGCAGGCAAAGGCGAGCAUUAGCACAGCUGAGGUCAGGUGCAUUGCAGCCAGAAAGAUGGAAGAUGCCGCUAGAGCAGCAGAAGCCCUUGCACUUGCUGAGAUCAAAGCACUACUGAGCAGUGAAAGUUCUUUUGAAGGUGAUGCCGCUUCUGAUGGAGUAACUCUCUCAAUGGAGGAGUAUUUCACACUGUGUUCCAAAGCUCUUGAAGCUGAUGAAAACUCCAGGAAGAAAGUAGAAGACGCCAUGCUGCAGGUAGAUGUAGCUAACAAUUCAGAGUCCGAGUCAGUUAAGAGGCUCGAGGAUGCCAAAGUAGAGGUUGAGGAAUGCAAGAAGGCGCUACAAGAGGCCCUAAAGAGGGUAGAGGCUGCAAACCAUGGGAAACUUGCGGUGGAAGAGAUUCUUCGUAGAUGGAAAUCUGAGAGUGGACACAAAAAGCAAUCUCUUGGUGGCUCCCCAAAAUUAAAAAAUGCAGCUCACAGUCGCAAAGAUUUGCACACCACAGAUAUGAUUUCUGAUGUUUCAGAUAGAUCACACAAACCAACAUUAUCAAUUGGGCAGAUACUGAGUAUGAAGUUAAUGGGACCUGAUGGGUAUGACAAAAGUGUUUGGGAUGACAAAACAAGCGAGAUACCAGAUAUCUCACUUGGUCAGAUUCUAAACAGGAGUGGUGUUUUGUGCAGAGAAGAUAUGGCUACUCGCAAAAGAAUUUCCGGAAAGAGGAAGAAGUUUGCAUUGACUGGCCUUUCUGUUCUCCUGGCGAAGCAAUCAAAGAACAAGAAGAAGAGAGAAUCCUUUUAA